AUGUUGCGUUGUGUAAGGCGAAAAUCAAGUAAGAGUAGGACACCGGUGACCGGUAGUUCAAAUGAAAGAGGCUGUUCUACAUUACCACGUAUGUUCCAUCGGUCGGAUAGUGAAGAAGAUAUUUCAGAAAAGCCGUCAUCAUCUUCCAAUAGAUUAACAAGAUGGACAAUAGAAAAAAAGUCCGCUACAUUAACAGCUGGCUCCACAUUAUCUUCUGGAAAUGAGACAAAAUCAAAAAGCAAACCUUUCACAUUUCUGCGUACAUUAUCUCUGGGUUCAUUAUUUUCUCCCUCAAGAAAACGUCGAAAAGAUGAUUCAACUACCGCUUAUUCUUCAGGUUUAAUGUCACCUGAUGUAGAGUUACAAACAUUAUCAAAUGAGUCACAGACUAAUAUUCAACAGAGACAAGAUGAAACUGAUGUUAGUCCAUCAGAAGGAUCCCUAACACCAACCGCUGAUGAAACCUAUGGACCUCAAUUUUGUAAGCAAGAGUUAUACUUAGAGAAAUUAACAAGAGAUGCCUAUAACUAUCCAGGAGAUGAGACAAAUAAAACUCCAACAGAUGAAAACUCACAUAUUAUAUCUGAAGGAAAACAUUUGAAAAGAUGUCCAGAUGAUCAGCAUGAUUCAGGUAGAAGUUCAACCAGAGAAUCAGCAGAUGUUUCUGUAGCAUCCGAAGGACCAAAAAAGAAAUCAGACAUAAAUGGUUUGCCUAUUGAACUGGAAACGAAAGCAGCACUGUCAGAUAAACAUUGGAAAGUUUUACCUAAUCAAAAACAGGGUGAUAUUAACCAAAGUUUUCUACGUGCAGCUAGGGCAGGAAAUUUGGAGAAAUUACGUGAAUUACUCAACAAAAUAACAGACAUCAACGUCUCGAAUACUAAUGGACUGAAUGCACUACACUUAGCGUGUAAAGAAGGCCGAACCGAAGUUGUAAAUGAAUUAUUAUCACAUGGUGCAUCAGUUCAUAUGAUCACAAGAAAAGGCAACUCUCCUUUACAUAUUGCUAGCCUUGCAGGACAUCUAGAGAUCGUAAAAUUGUUAGUUGACCAUGGGGCUGAUAUAAAUGCCCAGUCUCAAAACGGAUUUACACCCCUUUACAUGUCGGCUCAAGAAAACCAUGUUGAAGUUGUUCGGUACCUUCUGGACAAAUCUGCUAAUCAAGCUUUAUCAACGGAGGAUGGCUUCACGCCACUUGCAGUGGCACUACAGCAAGGACAUGAUCGUGUUAUAAGCCUGUUGCUGGAAAGGGAUUCUCGCGGGAAAAGUCGCUUACCCGCUCUACAUAUUGCUGCAAAGAAAGAUGAUGUUCAUGCUGCUAAAUUGUUACUCAAUAACAGCGAAAUGAAUGUAGAUCAUACAUCGGCUAGUGGAUUUACGCCUUUACACAUUGCCGCUCAUUAUGGGAAUGUUAAUAUAGCUAAGUUGUUGAUUGAAAAAGGAGCGAAUAUUAAUUUCCAGGCAAAAAAUUGUAUAACACCGUUACAUGUAGCUGCUAAAUGUGGAAAAAAUGAAGUUGUAAGCGAACUGAUUCUAGCAGGAGCUGAAGUGAAUAGCCGUACACGAGAUGGACUAACACCUUUACACUGUGCGUCUCGUGCAGGUCAAACUGAUACUGUGGAAUAUCUAUUAAAACAUGGAGCUGAUAAUUGUUUGAAAACGAAGAAUGGGUUGACGCCAUUGCAUUUAGCUGCACAAGGUGCUAAUGAAAAUGCUGUACGAUUACUAUUGCGGAAUGUAUCUAAUCCGGAUGAUGUGACCAUUGAUUAUCUCACUCCUCUACACGUUGCAGCCCAUUGCGGUAACGUGGAUGUGGCUCGUGUUUUAUUGAAUUCCCAUUGUAAUGUUAAUGCAAGAGCUCUGAAUGGAUUUACAGCACUUCAUAUUGCAUGCAAAAAGUCACUAGUUGAAAUGGCUUCACUUCUUCUUAAAUAUGGCGCUCUCCCUGAAGCCGCCACGGAGACUGGUCUCACUCCAUUACAUGUGGCUGCAUUUUUCGGGUGUACAGAAAUCGUCUCAUUUCUUUUACAACACGGUACGAAUGUGAAUCAAACAACCUUGCGUAAUGAAACUGCACUACAUUUAGCGGCUAGAAAUAAACAGCUGGAGACAGUGAGAACUCUUCUUGGUUACCAAGCAAAUUUAGAUUGCCGUACAAGAGAUAAUCAAACACCCUUACAUGUCGCUGUCCGUACAAACUAUCUGCCUAUUGUUGAACUGUUAUUGAAUGCUGGUUCCGAUCCUAAUAUAAUGACAAAAGAUAAUUAUACACCAUUACAUGUAGCUAUUAAAGAAGAUUCAGAUGAUAUUGUUAGAAUAUUAAUUGAGCACGAUGCUAAUCCGGAGGUUAAAACGAAGAAAGGAUUUACACCCUUACACUUAGCAGCAAAAUAUGGUUCAUGCAAAACAGCCCACUUGUUAAUGGAAAGAACAAAGUCUGAUCCAAACGCAACUGGUCCCAAUGGCUUCACGCCUGUACACGUGGCCACAUUCUACAAUAAUAACAAAAUGCUGGAUAAGUUGAUAGAAUUUGGAGGUGAUGUCAAUCGACCUGUCAAAAAUGGCUUUACGCCACUUCAUUUAGCAACUAAACGAAAUCAUCUGGAUUCAAUCCACUUAUUAAUAUCCAAAGGAGCCAUAACUGAUAAAGGUUCAAGGAACGGUUAUACACCACUUCAUUUAGCCUCACAAGAUGGUCAAAUCGAAAUAGUUAAAGUUCUCGCUGAAAAAUACAAAGCUCAAGUGGAUGCUACAGCCAAGGACGGUUUAACACCACUACAUUUGGCGGUACAGGAAGACAAAGUUAGUGUAGCUGAAUAUUUAUUAAGUUCAGGCGCGUCCAUUAAUACGAAAACACUGAAAGCUGGAUUUACACCGCUACAUUCAUCUGCUUAUAGGGGACAGCUCGCCUCUGUUCGUUUACUUCUAUCAUGUGUCCCUGAACAUGAACUUCAGCAAGUUAUAAACAGUCGCACUCAUAUGGGUUCAACUUCACUGCAUUUGGCAGCACAACAAGGUCAUCUACAAGUAGCUCUAAAACUGAUUCAAAUGGGAGCUGAUCCAAACAUUUGUAAUAAGCAAGGAUGGACAGCAGCAAAAUUAGCUCAUAAGCAACAUUACUUGAACUUGUUCGAAUUGUUGCAAUCGAUUACAACUAAUGGCGGUGAUGGGAGUUUACCUAGUUCAAAUGGAAUAGAUGAUAAUGUAAAUCUAAUCAAUGGUGUAAUGCCCUUAGAAAAAGCGGAAUAUAUGACCGAUCAUAUGAUUUCAGAUAGUGAAGAUGAAGCCGAACUUUUAUCUACACCAGCAAUGUGUCGAUAUCCCAAACAACGUAAAGGAAAUUUUGAUGAAACAGGAGACAACGAUAUGACAUCAAUUCCAAGUACACCAACUAUGGAUAAUAAACUCAUAUCAGUCCGCCCAACAACACUGCGUAUUCCUGAAUAUCAUUUAACUGCCUUAGGGGGUGAAACUCUUUGCUCCAGUCUUCAUGAAAGUAUGACCGAGGAACGCGUGAAGCCAAUGCUUAAUGGAAAAGAGGAUCCAGUUACAGCUUCACAACAGCCAGUUCAGAUGGCUAUUAAUGCACCGUCACCUGCUGCUCUAUCAGAAUGGGAUUUCGAUGUAGAUAAUGUUCAUUCGACGAAGAAUUUAGUUAAGUCGGGGUUUCUUAUCUCUUUUAUCAUCGAUGCUCGAGGUGGUCUAGUCGAAGCUCAAAGACGACCUGGUUUACGAUUUGUUGUGCCGCCUAAUGCACCUUCUGGACCACUACGUAUAAUUUGCCGACUACUCCGCCCAGAAACGAUUGACAAUCCACCAGUUUUUAAUGACGGUGAUUGUUUAGCCUGUCGGAUUAUUGAGAUGAAUCCAAACCAGAUGCGUUUCACUUUACCUAUACUUAUUGAAGUGCCUCACAUAGCAUCUAUUAAAGGAAGAGAACGUGAAAUUGUAAUUGUUAGAAGUGAAACGGGAAAUUCAUGGAAAGAACACACUUUAGAAGCAAAUGAGCAGGCGAUAAAUGAUUCGUUGGGUGAUGCAUUUGAUCAUUAUGACUUGAAUACUUCAAGUCUUAACAAACGCAUUCAUCGAAUUUUGACGUAUGACCUUCCACAAUAUUUCGCGAUAAUUUCGAGAUUUCGUCAAGAGGUUGCUUUCAUUGGUUCAGAUGGUGGAAUUAUUAGCUCCACCGUAGCACCACAAGUCCAAGCUGUGUUUCCCCCAGGAUCACUUCAAAAAAGAAUUAAAGUUGGCUUGCAAGCUCAAAUUAUUCCUGAUGAUGUUAUCAACCGUUUAGCGGAUGAUCGUGUUUCUGUAUCUCCUGUCGUAAGCAUUGAACCAAGACGACGCAAAUUUCACAAGCCCAUCACACUUACGAUACCAGUUCCACGUCAUUCAAGCAAAACUGUUCCAGAAAAAACAAACAGCUCAUCAAAGAUUCGGCUUCUAUGUAGUCUAUCUGGUGGAGUAAAUCCAGCUGUAUGGGAAGAUAUAACUGGUUCAACACCUAUGACACAUCAUAAAAAUUGUGUUUCAUUUACUACAACUGUUUCUGCCAGAUUGUGGUUGAUGGAUUGCUCAACUGAUAUUCCAGUUACAGAGCUAGCAACCCGCAUUUACAAUGAAAGCAUUGAACCACCAAUUUUGGGAAGAUUUGUUAUUUAUGCUCGUCAAUCGACCGAUCUGGAUACAGAAGUCGAACUAGAAACGCUAGACAAAUUACAAAAACAACUUCCUCAUGCUCAAGAUAUGAAGAGAAGUAUUUCACGCAUCAAAAAGUUUUCAACCGAAUUUGCUCAAAUUAGAUGCAUCUGCCUGACAGACGACAACAAUGAUAAAACUCUGGAGUGUUUAGAACAUUACUGUCAAGUUGCAAUCGGUCCAUUUGUUGAGAUUCAACAAAACAAGCCUGUCUGGAUUGAAAUGGUUGGAAAUCUGGUACCAGUGUUAAGAUCUGAUGAACAGCUGAACUUUACCAUUCGACCAUUCCAUGAGAAUCGAAUUACAUUCCCAGUACGUUUGCGAGACGUAUUGAGUCAUGAGUCAGAUUCGGAUACAGUUACUGGAAAAAUCGCAUUUGUGCGUGAACCACGCAAAGCUCAAACAACUUUGGAUAUGACUAGCGCACAACCGCAACGUCCAAUCACUCUAUUAGAAUUCAAGCUACCAAACCCAGAUAGAACAAUUGUGAUAUCUACAAGAGGCAAUCGUCUGGCUGACGCGCUCACUAAAACAAGUCAGUUUGAUGCUAUUCCCUCAAGUGUGACUGAUGUACACCCAGUAACGACGAAAGAAGAAAUAAUAACUGCAACUGACGUCUUCGAGGAACGACCUGUCCUGCCAUUGCCUGCCAAAGAAAUUAUGCCAAAAGUAACAUUAGACGAAGCACUGAUAUCUCCAAGACACGAAGCAAUAGAUAGUUCUUUAGACAUGAAAUAUCAAAAAGUGGAAGAAAAGAGAAAACUAGAAACGGAUACAAUGUUUUCUUGGUCUGAAAAUACAUUUCUUUCGUCAGAUGAAGGUGUUUCGACUAUUUCGGCUUCUGGUGAAACAGAUGGUAUUCGUAAACCAGAAGCAGUUUUACAGUCUGUUUCUCAGGCUGAUGUCACAGACCAAGAAAAACUUCCUGUUGAUGUUCAUACUGUUCCAACCAUGUUUAAUUCAUUUGAAAAUACACCAGAUCAAGUAUUAGUGUCAAGUCACUAUGACGACCUCAAUGAUAUCAGUGAAGAAAAACCUCAUGUUCACUGGCAAGAAGCUUUGCUAACACAUUUGGAAUCAGUUGGUGUUAGUUUAGAUUUGCCAACAAAGUUCAGCCAGUUAGCAGACAAGGAAGUCGAAGAACCAGAUAGUCAUAUGACGGAAGUUUUCAUAAAACCAAUAUCUCAACAUGUUGAACAUAAAUCUACUUCAACUGACAGAAACCAGAUAAAAUAUGUUAUACAGGAAUUAAUAGAUACCAUUGAACCACAAUUCGUUGAUACUGCUUCAGUCGAAUUGGAGUCUGAGGCGCUUGUAGAGACUGCAGCACAACUCAAUCGGGAACGCUUGUUAGAACAUGUUUGUCAUGUUAGUGUUGAUAAUUUUUCCAGUGAUUCGUCGGGGAAUAUUAUUUCCGCUAAUUUUACUUCUCCUUCUGACGUCUUGAUUUUGAAUACUUCAACUUCGUUUACCAUGUCAGAUUCUUCUACUUCUUGCAUUUGUUCUGAUUCUUUAGAUGUUUUUUCGAAUAUAUCUUUUAUUCAUGGUGUUUUCCGUUGUCCGUCUGCUAUUUCUCUCACUAGUUCUUACUCUGAAUCUCCUGUUUCUCCUGCUUCUUCCUCUACUGUUACAUUUUGUCAUGGUUUUUCUUCUUCGCCUGUUGUUUCUUUCGUUCAUUCCAAUUUGUCGAACAAUAUUUCUUUUUCACCCUCUUCCUCGCGUUUCGUUCACGCUGGUGUUUCUGACUUUACUCGUAUGCCUUUAGAUUCUGUGUCUUUAUUUGAUUCAAAUAAUUCUGCGUUGGUAUCUGAAGGCUUAUUUCUUGGUCUCAGUCAAUUUGUUUCCCGUUCAACGGAGUCUUUCUCCGAAUUUCCUGGCUUUGUUAUAGAAGACAGUGUUAUUGCUGUUGAUGCUCCCGACGGUUGUUUCACUACCUACUCUGGAGAAAAUCUUGGAGAGUUCUCUGACUGUCAGAAGGCUGGGUUAUCUUCUGUGCAUGAUGUUUCUACGGAAUCUGUGCCUUUCUUUAUACCUGAACCUUCAGUUCUUGCUGUCUCUGGAUAUGAAUACAAAUCAUUAGAUGAACUUGGAUCAAGCAACAGGUUACCAUCUAUUGUUCAGGACACUGCAAAUGUAGUUGGUUUAGAUGAUAUUCAGGAAGUAUCUGAGGAGGGCGUUAUGGGUAAAGAUUCUUUAAUAACCGAUGACCGAAUUGUUUCGCAGACUUCUGGCUCACAUUUAAUUGACCAUUUCGCUUUUCAACGUGAUACUGAAUAUAGCAUUUCGGACUAUUCAAAUAGCUUAAUAAGUGAUAGUUUUGCUGAAAUGAUUAUUAAAGAACCAAACGACGAUACUGAAAUCUUGUAUUCAUCUAAGGAACAGGAUGUACUAAGUUAUCAGCUUGAGUCAGGUGUGUCAUUAAUAACCGAAACACCUACAAAGUCAGAUGUUGUAGGUAAAUCUCCUUCCUCAGGAAAAGCUGACUUGACUUAUCUUGCAGCAGCAUCAGGAGCAAGUGUAGCUAUGGAAUUUACAGAAGAGGAAGAGGAAGAAGAAGAAUACUCCAUAGUGUGUCCUGGUAGGAUGAAAACAACUGAACAUGGUGAUUCUAGUCAAUUAGUUCAUUCAGCCCUUGAUAGGUCUGCCAAAAUGCUUACUCGUCUUCAAACCUAUGGAUUUCGAGGGAAUUUGAUGGGUACAAACUCGCUUGUUAAUCUUAAUUGGCAUGCAUCAGAAACAAAAUUAACCACUCCACACAAAGAAUUCUUUGAAAAUGAUGAGAGGACUAUUUCGACAGCCCAUCGAAAUAUACCUACAUCAAACAUACAGAUGAAUAAAGUCAUAGAGCUUGAUCGUGAAGAAUUUGAGGACUUUGAUGGUGAUAGCCUUGAAGAAUUCAAUAUGCCAUUUGAAAUUGGUAAUACUUAUAACACAUCACGUGAAAUAAUUGCAGAUGAAACUGAGUGUGGAAGCACUAGACCGUCCUCCAUCCCUGAAAUUGUUGCUAGGAAUCAAGUCUUCAAUUAUGACAAUCAGUUAAAAUCUGAUAUACAGUGUCAGCCAGACUCUUUUACUAAAAAAGAAAUAUCUAGAUGUCAACAUUUAGAUUUGGAACAUGUAAUCUCUUCUCAAUCCAGUUCCACUAAAAAAGUUUCAUCCAGCCCAGAAAAUGAAUUACAGACAAGUUCCACUGCAGAUGAAUCUAGUCUAAGCAGUCACUCGACAGUUGUGAAUGUUGGAAUAAUGAACCAACCACCAGUUGUCCCUCAACUUAUAAGGAGAAAUCUGAAGGACGAAAAGCUAUCGUCUCAGAGUUUAUCAUCUCAAGGACAUGAUUUUGGUGUAGAUGCACCCGAUAGUAUUCAGCUACUGGAGUCAAGAACCACUCUAGCGUCUAUUGAAAGCGAUCUUGAUCUUCUUGAUGAGGAAAUAAAGCUAAAAGAUGAUAAUGUUAUGUUGCCACCUGGUCAGAGUUUGGUUCACGUAUCUAGUAUCCCUAAAAGAAAGCAGUUAAAUUUUAUAUCUAGCCUAUUAGGAUCAGAGCCUGUGAUAGGAAGUACUGUAUUACGAACAUCUACAGAUGUCAGUAACAUUCCAGUAUCACAACCCAUCUAUACUACUGAAGGACAUAUCAAUACAACACAACGCUACUUUCAUGAACCAAUUGAGGGACAUGUCAGUUUUCCACAAAUUUCAAAGGGUUCUUGUGAUAAGCAGUUAGAAUUUCCUAAUGAUCGGGCUAAAUCCUCUCCAUCCAGUAUUAAUUUGGAAAAAAGAAUAAAAACAAGUGAUGAGAAUGUCACCAGUAGCUCAUUGUCCGAAUUUGAACGACUAGAAAAAGAAUUGGGUACUAGCAAUCCUACUUCUCCUAGUAGUGGUCAUAAAGGAAGCGGUGAAGAUGUCAGCUCACACACGUCAUCACUUUCUGAGUAUCUACGUCAUGAAAAAGAAUGUGAAAGUUUCGAUGAAAGUUUGGCAUUACCAUUUGACUCAAAACUUAAACUAAAAUUCAACGAUUUAAUAGAUAUAAAUGGUAAACCAAAAACAGCGAUCACAGAAAUGUUAACUUCGAAUAACCUAACACCUCUUUAUGGACAAAUCUCAACGAUUUACGAAGAUGUGGCGGAACAUCAUAUAAGUUCACUCUCACAGAGUAUAGAAUCUCCAACAACUUCACUUCAUUCAGCCAAAGAUGAUGAUCAAAUAUCAUUUACAUACGCAAGUCAAAAAGAUGAAAAUAAAUCACAGACCGGUUGUUCGGAUUCUGAACUUUUAAUAAUAUGUUCGAAAAUGCUCAGUGAUCCUUUACAGGUCGAAAAAUCUAAAGGAAGUUUAACUUCUAGUUCAGAAAUAGAACCUUUGCUAGACAGGGUCGAUGAUCCAAUGACAGGAGUAGAAGAAACUGAUUCACUAAUUUUUUCUUCGAUCUAUGACUCUUUAGUGCCUUCUGGCUAUGAAAACAGUAUAUAUAAUGGAACACCGAACAUGAAUUUUGGAGUAAACGAUAACUGGAGAGACCCCAUGUCCCGCAGAAUAGAUUCAUUAGAUGAAAGCGAACAUGAACAACCCAGUAAAGUUACUGACUCUCUGUGCUCCCCUUCAUCGUCAGAUAUUUCAAACAGGAAAAGAGAAAACAAAUUAAGUUCACUGGGAGAAAAUGAUCAAGGUAUAACAGAAUUUAAUUCUGCCCAUAUAGAUAUCUUACAUCAACAAUACAUUGGAACUAUUGUGGAGGAACAGUCUUGUACAGUAUUUCCAAAUAAACCUUAUUUUAAUGAGAGAGACAGUCUUAUUACUUAUGGAAAACAGCCUCAAUCAACGCAUUCUGAUGAAAAACAAGACUCAAUUACAUCCGUGUCAGGAGUUGUACAGUAUGAACACCUUGAUAAACCAGUACCUGGAAGUUGUAUGACAGACUCAUUAGAUGACAGCGGUUCAGUUAUAGAACAAAUAAGUGCUAAAAUAUCUUCGACUGAGUGUUCAGUGUCCACUAAGAUGAUAACAACAAGAAUACCUUCUUGUUCGUUCUCUACAGCACAAAUCCCCCUAUUAGCUACUGAAUCUAAAGCACGUAUGUACUCUGAAGUUAUAAAAACACUUAAAAGUGACGUUUCUUCAACUGUGCCUACCACAUCUGGAGAAAUAACUCUUCCAAUGAGUAGUAGUUCCUUACAAAGUUCAUAUCAAGAUGGUGAAAAAUGUGGUCGUAUUUUAAAAAUAGAUUUGAAUCCUGAGUCACCUUUAUUUGAUACUUCGGAAGAUGAAAUUUGUGUGGAAAAACCAUCAGAUGAUCUUCAGCAACUGAACAGUCUAACAACCGAUGACGUUUCAGCUGUAACUGGGGAUCCAAAAACGAAAGAAACUCUAAAAAUGGAUAAUGUACCGUCGGAAGAAGUUAGUGAGGCAUGUAAACAAAUUGAAUCUAUAGAGCUCAAAGAGUCGUUCAUAGUUGAAACUUCCUCCGACUUAGAUUAUGAAAUGAUCAGUAUCACUGAGAGAGAAAAGUCACCAAAAGCUCCCAUGUCAGAAAAAACUGAAGAAGGGUAA